AUGAAAACCGAAAUAACAACACCUUCUGUUUUACAAGAAAUUGAAAAUUUUGUUCGGAAGACGGACACGCAAAAUGAAAAAUUUUCAACAAUUGGUUGUCAACGUUUUGCCAUUUAUUUAUGUGAUCAAUAUUUAGUUAAUUAUGAUUCACAACAUACUGGAAUAAACAUGUCUGGUGUUAUUAUAGGACGAAAUGUAAUAGGUGAAAUAAUUUCGUCUAAAACAGAACCAAAAGAUAUUAUUGUUAAAUGUGAAUAUGAUGGUAUAAAAUAUCCGUGUGUUCUAAUCACAACACCAUUAAAACAAUUUAAAUCUUUUAUACCCGGACAAUUAAUUCAAUUUGAUCUCAUUGAACAUAAACAUUAUCAUGAAUGUAUUAAUAUUAAAUUAGUUGAUGACACCAACAAUCACGAAAAUGUACAGACAUCUAAUAUUGUUGAAAAAGAAGAUGAAGUCGACGAAGAUAUAGUUGAAAAUUUCGAUACAUUAUCAACUUGUACUGAUAUUACAGAAAAUAUUAACGGUCAACGUGUGCCAUUCAGAGUAAUAACAACAUUACCAUCAAAUCCACAUAUUGGAAAAACUAUUCGACAGAUUAAUAGAAAUAGUCAGAGGACGAAUACAACAAUGACAAUAGUGGAUAAUGAUCUAAUUGAUCAACAAUUAUGUAAAAUAUCAUCAAUAGAUAUAUUUUCAGCUGUUACUAUGGGCGAUGUUGAAACUGUUCUCUGGCUACUUAACCAUUACCCACAUUUAUCUUCUGUUCGUGAUGUUUGGUCUCGUACACCAUUGCAUUAUAUGUGUCGUCAAGGUUAUACAAUAAUGAUUCAAUCAUUAUUAUCAAUACAAAUGUGUAAUGUGAAUGCAAUGGAUUCAAAUGGAAUUAUCCCACUACGUGAAGCAGUUGAAUUUAAUCAAUUAGAUUGUGUUCAUUUAUUGUUACAACGAAAUGCUGAUCCAAAUAUAAAAGAUAAAAAUGGACGAACAUGUUAUCAUUUGGCAGCAAUGAAAGGUUAUUGUGAUAUAUUAGAAUUAAUUUUACCAUAUUGUAAAGAUAUUAAUGUUAAAGAUUUGGAAAAUACAACAUCAUUAUAUAAAGCAACAUAUUAUGAAAUGUAUGAUGCAGUUAAACUUCUAAUCAAUUGGGGUGCUUCAAUUGAAAAAUCAUCCAUUCGUAACCAUACAAUUGCUCAAAUGUUGGCAAAGCAAAAACAAUAUGAUCUUUUGAAACUUGUUUUCUUAGCACGAAUACAUACAACAAAUGAAUCGUGGCUAAAUGAAAACACUACUAGUACAUCUUUUUCUAUGAGAUCACCAUUAACCAUUGUAAAAAUUGAUGAUGAUAAAUUAAUACAAUGGUUAUUAAAACAACAAACACAAAUACCAAGUUUACUAUUAUGUUGUAUAAGAAAAAUUCGAUUUAAUUUAGCAGGACGACAACGACAACAAUCAAUAGAAAAAAAUAUAAAUGAACAUUUGAUAAUGUUAUCGAAAAAUUUAAAAGAUAAUUUGUUAUUAAAAAAUUUAGUAGAGAAAUGA